AAGCCAAGUUUGUCAACCGCAAGUUUUUGAUGGAGGAGGUCUACCAGCAGUUCAAGGCUGCACAACACGAAGACAAUGUGUGUUAUGAAAUAACACUGAUGUGUUUUUCAGAAUACCCAAAUAUUUCUUGAGGCAACUGAGCAUAGACAAAAAAAUGUUGUCCAACAUUCCCAUGUUGUACAACAUGGGAAUGAGGGGGAAAACUUUGUAGAUAUCUUUCAUUUCUAAUAAGUGCAUAAAGGUGGCAUAUUAUGUUUUCCUGAACAAGUUAGGAUAAAAAUGUUAAUUACAUUUUUGCACAAAAUCAUUGUUAGAUAAUGAGAUGUUAGUCUGCUUCGUUCUGUCUGUUUUGUUUUGAGCUGUUUUAGGGCCUCUUGUCACUUUAAAUCCAAGUAAAUUGCUGUUGGCCACGCCCUCAACUCAACGUUUACGCUCGCACGUGAAAAUGGCGGCAAGUAGAUUCACAAACAUACAACUGUACACCUUUCAAAAGCAACCAGAGUCACCUGAACAACCAACAAGAAUGUAUGAAAUGGUUUUUGUAUGGUAGGUAAGUCAACAACAAAACACAGCCAUUGUACAGAGCAUACCAAAACUAAUUGACCAAACACUGGAGCUCGGCUUAGCUUGCUAGGUGACGGACUCGGCUUGGGUUGCUAGGUGACGGGCUGCCUGGGCUCGGCUGGGACGGUUAGGUAACGGCUCAUUUUCCAGACAAUGAAAAGCAUUAACUUGUUGCCGAAAAACGGCUGGAUGUUUUAUUUUAAGCGCUUGUGCUGCUCUUACAGACUCAAAUGGAUGUCUUGAAAAAUUUUGAAUUUUGCAUAAUAGGUCCCCUUUGAAUUAAAGUUUACUUUAGAUUUUAGAGCUAUAACUCAACUUUUGCUAUUGGUCCUUUUUGUAUAUGUGCUGCUACCAGAGAGUGGAGGGCCUCCCAGCUGUAGUGUUACCGAGAGAUAAAGACCCUUUCUGGGAUCCAGUUGAGCCUCUGCUCCUGGGAACUGCUCACAUCUGGCUGCAGUCUUUGGCCUUCCGCAUCCCUCUGGAGGAGCAGCUGGAGGUGUUGGGCUCAGAGGGGACAGAGGAGGCCAUCCUACAAGCUCAGCUCAUCCCCUGCACUUCCACUGGACUGUAUGACACAUAUUUUAGUUGUAAGCUCACAGAAAGGUGUGUUUUUAAGAAAUGUAUAUUUCCAGUCCACUGGGGGAGGACUGACAUCCUGAUUGACCCGUCUGAAGUACUGGGUCGACGAUUGGACUUCCAGCUGGUCCUGGAUCAGUGCUGUGGGGUUCGUUGGAUUAGGGAAGCCCGCAAUCGAGGGAUACAAAUUGGAUUCAGGGUAUUUGACUGCGGCGAGCUGCUUUACACUCCAGCUGUGUGGCACAACAUCAAUCCUCUGUUGGAUCACCGGGUCCAGUUCACCUCCCUCCAAACAUCCCAACGGCUGCUGGACUACCUGCAAAGCAGUGCUGUGGUGUUGGAGCUCUGGGGUCUCCAGGAGGGUUGCAGUGUUUUGAGUUCAUCUCUUGGAGCUGUGAGAAUGACUGCAGAGGGCGUCUUUAUCAUCGACAUGCUGGAUCCAUCACAAGCUGCACUAUCGGACUCUGCUGAGCUUAGCUGUUCAGUCAGAGCUCUUCAACAGGACUUGGAGAAACUGAAGAGUCUCAAUGAGUCAUUAAGGAAAGAAAAUCACAGUCUGAGAGAACAGCUCAACACAGUCAAGAACGGCGGAGACGGCGUUCGUGGUCGGUCGCUACGUCCCAGCUGUGAUGCAGAGUUCGCACGCGCCCUGAAAGUUUUCUACCACAGCAUGACCUCUGUUAGGGGUCAGCUGCAGCGCUUGCGCAGACACAGACCCAGUGAGGAGUCGGACCUGCUGGGACUCAGACUGUUUGUGGACGAGCAGAGUCGUCUGCUGAGGGACUUCUCUGAGCAGCUGGAGGACAGCGUCUCCACACUCAAACAAGACAUAGCGGCCAUUGUACGCCGCAAAAGAGAACGCUCGGGCAUCUGGUCUUAACUCGGUGUUUGUUGAUUUGAGAAACUGUAAGUACCUCCAGUUAUUCUUUGCAUCCCGACAACAGACAUGGAAAUCACAGAGAAAAACUCAAGUCUUACAAAAGUUUAUUAGACUGCAUGUAAAAUAAGCUUUUACAUUACAACUGCAAAUAAAUUAAGUCAAGUUUUAAAAAUCCUAGUUGGAGCUACUUGAACUCUUCCCCCCCCCCCAUGCUUUACUGUUAAAGAUUGUUGAAGACAGACUUGUGUGAACAUGAAUGCUUAAAAGCUGAGAGCUUGUUUUACUUUUUUUUCUCCAACCAUUUU